AUGGCAAGUAUCCGUGAAGAGUCGGUCCUUGGCGCUGUUAACUUCCUUAAAGACCCAAAAGUUCAAAAGUCUACUCUCCAAUCACGAGUUUCUUUUUUGGAAUCUAAAGGUCUAACUUCAGAAGAAAUUGAAGAGGCACUUCGGCGUGUUAAAGGUGGUGACCCGUUUAAUGCAACAACGGUAGCACCUCCUCAGCCUAUACAGGGUGUAAAUCCUGGGCAAGUGAUAUAUGCUCAACCACCAGCUCCACCACCUGCAAAAUCGGAUUGGCGCGACUAUUUCAUUGCUGCCGUUCUGUUCGGUGGCAUUGGAUAUGCAAUUGGGGCUGUUGUCAAGAAAUAUCUUCUCCCACUAUUAAAAACACCGACGGCUAACGAGCUUGAAAGUGAUAAGCAAGCUCUCAGCGAUCAAUUCACAUUUACUUCGGAGCGGCUAGAUUCGGUCAAAACUGACGCAAAUAUCGUCAGAAGAAACAUUGAAGAAACAUCCUUAAGUGUCAAAGAAGCAUUAGAAUCAUUAGAUACUGUUCUUAAAGAUCUGAAGCAACAGGAAAUCAAAAGAGACAUCGAUAUCAAGUCAUUACAGGAAGAAGUCAAAACUAUUCAUGAACUUAUUCCCAAGAUUCUUGAAAAAUCAAAAGACUCUCAAAAUCAAGCACUCGCUGAUUUACAAACCGAGUUGAAAUCACUGAGAUCAUUAAUCAUAAAUAGACCAAAUUUAACGACAUCUUUUCCCAAUGUAACGACCGGCGCUUCUUUCGAUGGUAUCUUCGAUAAUAGUAUCGGCGAAACAAAUGGUGCUAAACCAGUUGUUGAAGCUUCAUCAGAUUCAAUAUCAUAA